GAGAUGGUUAGAGUUGUCCGUCCGUCUGUCUGUCAAUGGCGAUCGCAGCUUCUUCUCUCUCGGGGCCUCUACUACUCCUUCUCUUCUCCCUCGUUAUAUCUGAUUUGCUUACGGGAAGCCACGCCGGAAUAGGCGUCGGAAUCAACUACGGUCAAAUAGCCGAUAAUCUGCCGUCACAUUCCAGCGUGGUGACGCUCCUCCAGUCUCUGAACAUCAAGAGAGUGAAGCUCUACGACGCCGACCCCGACGUGCUCGAAGCCUUUUCGGGUUCCGAUGUGGAGUUCGUCGUCGGGCUCGGGAACGAAUACCUUCAGAAGAUGACCGACCCGGCCCAAGCACAGGCUUGGGUUCAGCAGAACAUUCAGCCCCACGUCGGGAAGACUAAGAUCACUUGCAUUACCGUCGGGAACGAGGUCGUGACGGGGACUGACCUUCAAGCGAGGUCGUCUCUUCUCCCGGCGAUGAAAUCGGUCCGCAAUGCUCUCGUUAAUUUGGGGCUGGAGAAGGAGAUCAGCGUGAACACGGCUCACGCCUACUCCGCCAUGGCCGUCUCCUUCCCGCCGUCCGCCGGCGCGUUCAAGCCGGAGCUCGUGGAAACCAUCCGCGGAAUCCUCGAUUUCAACGCGGAAACAAACGCGCCCUUCCUCGUCAACGCGUACCCCUACUUCGCUUACAAAGCGGAUCCGGCCGGCGUUCCCCUGGACUACGUCCUCUUCAGAUCUAAUCGGGGAACCACCGAUCCGGCGGCGAAUCUGAAGUACGAUAACAUGCUGUACGCGCAGAUCGACGCCGUCUAUUCGGCGAUCAAAGCACUAGGUCACACGGAUGUGCAAGUGAAGGUUUCGGAAACGGGCUGGCCUUCGAAGGGGGACGAGGGCGAGGCUGGGGCGUCGCGGGAGAACGCCGCGGCGUACAACGGAAAUUUGCUGCGGCGGAUCGCGAAGGGGGAAGGAACGCCGGCGAAUCCGUCGGUGCCGGUGGAUGUGUACAUCUUCGCUCUGUUCAACGAGAACCUGAAACCAGGCCCAACUUCAGAGAGGAAUUAUGGGCUGUAUUACCCGGACCGGAGCCCGGUUUAUGACAUUAAAUUGCAACAGCCGGACGGAGGUGUCAUUCCAGAAAUGGAAUAUUCUGCUGCUUCUGACCAUAGGGUACAAUCAAUUCCAGUUUUUCUUCUAAUAUUUAUGCUGUACUCCAUUCAUGUCUGGUAGCAUAGAAACGAUACAGAACACAUUAUAGAGCAGGUGUAUUGAUACUCCCAUUCAUGUCUUGUUCUCCUUGAUUGAUUGUUGCUACAAAUUGAUCAAAGGUGAGUAAGAAGCUCAAUUCAAUCAUUCUUUUUUGAAAAGACUUGUUCAAAAUCAUUCUUUUGAAAUAGACCCCUUCACUUAGGCCAUGUGUUAUGGCGGGCUUGACGGGGAG